AUGUCAAAAUUCUCUGCAAUCGCAGAUAAUCUUCCCGAUGAGUCGAUCCGAGAGAUGAACUUUUUCGACUCUUCCUUCUUCAAGGAGCCCAGCAAAAGUCUUCCGACACCGGCGCAAGUGAGAGCUUUGUCGAAAGAUAUUCACGCGAACCCUCAGCCACAGCCUAUAAUCUUUGAAGAGCACAAAAUCUUCGUCAAAUUUGGCCCUUAUGUCACGAUAGCAGAAGCGCAGUGUCUUUGGAUGAUCAAACGGGCCUUUGGUGACGAAAUUCCAGUCCCCGAAAUUUUUGGAUGGCGAGUCGACGAGGAGGACUAUGUGUUCCUCUAUAUGGAACUUAUUCAAGGACAGACGCUACAGGAUGGCUGGAAUGGGCUCAAUAGCCAGGAUAAAAGCUCACUCUGCGAUGAAUUAUGUCAAAUAGUCAACCGUUUGCGCCGACUUGAACAAGAUCCUACCGAUCAGUUUAUUGGUUCCAUAAGUCACCAGCAACUCCUGGAUUAUGUUUUUCAAUCAUGCCCGAAACCCGGGCCAUUCUUAACUAUCAAGGAUUUCAACGACUGGUUUUCCUACUUGCCGCAAUUAUGGCUUCCUCCUUCAAAGAAAUACAACGACCCCUACAGGCAGUUUUUACCGGACGGUGGAGUCAUUAAAUUUACCCAUGGCGACCUCCACCGAGGGAACAUUAUUAUUUCUUCUAGCAAACCAGCUCGAAUCCUUGCUAUCGUUGACUGGGAACAAGCGGGAUGGUAUCCAGACUACUGGGAGUACUGUAAGGCACUCUACACUUGCUGGUACGAGGACGAGUGGCGACGAGACUGGGUCGACAACUUUCUGAGCCCACGCGUGCGAGAAUUUGAGGUCUUCGCAGAGUACACAAUGGCAAUGGGCUCGGUGUGA